UCACUGUCGGGACGGAUGUUCCAAUUGCUCGCUCGAGCUCUCUAUCGCUGUUUUCCCAUCAAGCAAGGCGGCAAAAGGUCGUGCCUUCUGCACGAGGCGUGUUCUCGUUCAGAGAAAAAUGUAUUUGCCUUCCCUUCCCGGUCAUUCAAAGGUUCUAUGUUAAGGCCCCAAGUGCAAAUUUCGAAGGGGGGGGUUGGGCUUUGGCGAAGCGCAGCCCCAUACAGAGACAGAGACAUACAGCGGCUAGGACCAAAAGCCCAGCCCACAAUAUUGCCAACAGAUUUUCUCCUCCUUUUCUUGCUCCCGGUUUUCCUCGGCAACAUCGAAAGUAGAGGAAAGAACCAAGAACCAAGAACCAAGAAUCGAGAAACCAACGCGCCCUCGUUGCUUCAGCUGCGGUCGCUGCGACCGCCGUACUUCGCUUCCUCGGGUCGCCACUUCUCCUCCCGUGUCGAAAAGAUGAGCGCCCUUCCCAGUUCCGUCGCUUCGGGCUCGAUCAAGAAUCCACCCAGCAGCUUCUUCCCUGGUUUAAAGUCGGUGGACCACCGCCCUAUGAAGUUGAGCUCGGGCAACGUUUCUCUUAAUAGCAGAUUUCAUGGAAAAGUAAAGCUCACAAUGCGUAGAAAUCCAUUUACUGUUCGAGCAACUCGGGAUGAUGGCAGACCAAGUAGUGCGGGUAUAUUUGUUGGUGGAUUUGUGUUGGGUGGACUUAUUGUUGGAGCAUUAGGUUGUGUGUAUGCACCGCAGAUAAGUAAGGCCCUAGCAGGAGCUGAUAGAAAGGAUCUAAUGAGAAGACUGCCAAAAUUCAUAUAUGAUGAGGAGAAAGCUUUGGAGAGAACUCGCAAGAUAUUGGCGGAGAAGAUUGAGCAGCUAAAUUCCGCCAUAGACGAAGUUUCUGCUCAGCUGCGCGCAGAUGAUCCUCCCAAUGGAACUGCAGUAAAUUCGGAUGAAAUCGAAGCUUCCAUAUGACGCCACACUUGUUCGAAAGCCUUACAUGAAGUAAAACCCGGUACAUCUUCUAUGCUAUCCGAUGUAAAAAUUUCCUCUCGACUCAUUAUUACAUUGAAGAUGAAAACCAGAAAGCGUGACUGAGUGCGGAGUGCCCUGUUGGGCACAAAACUCUUUCUGCUGUGUCAUUCGCUAUCGUCCACAGUUCCCCAGGUACCACUUCGGUCCUCCGAAAGUCGAAUUCUUUCAGGGGGUCGUUCAUCUUAUCGUCGCAUGAUUAGGCCUUGAUCCUCUCAUACUACCACAUCACAGGUUUCAUUUCAUUGAAUAUAACAUGAUUAGCAUCAGAGUUGCCUGGCCGAGAAAAAGUCAUCCACUUGCUGAAUUAUUGGGCAUCCGGUCCAAAUCAUGUUUUUCAUCUCCAUCAUUUAUCUUAUCCGGCACGAAGAUGGCUUGGACAUUCAAAGAAAGAAAGGGUACGAAGAUGACAAAAAACUAAAGUUUGUCAGAUGCAACGAAGGACGUGUUCCAAGAUUUUCAUACAGUUCUUGUGUGAUGUAUGAUUGGCAACUGUUUCGAAUCAUGUCGAUUUCAAACUUAUUGAGAAGAAAUGAGAAUGAGAAAGCGAUGGGAUUAAUGAAA